CAAUUUUUUCAUAUUCACAAAACUUUUAUUCUUCUAAAUUCACAAAUACGUGUGAGACAUGAUGAUGAGCAACAACUACAAACUCGUUCUCUUUUCUUGUUUCCUUGUUAUGUCUCUCAAUCAAGCAUUUGCUUCUUCAUGGUUUCAACCCAUCAAUUUGAGCCCUGUAACAUCAGAAUCACCAAAAAUAUCAUCUCCAACUCCACCACUUUCGGCGAAUUCACCACCUAGCCCACAAAAUUCAUUCUCAGGCUCGACAGACCAACCUACGUGGGAUGACAUGGUGGAGACUGUUGCAAGAGGUAUAUUUUUUACGGUAAGAGAUACUAUGAAAGCUUACGAAGAUACUUAUAAAUGUGGCACUGGAAAUCAUCAUCUUGGCUAUGGAACACCUGGAGCUAUAAUUCCUCCUUCCCUAUCACCACCCACUAUUUCUUCUCCUAGCCCGAAUCCAGAACCACCCACUAUUCCUUCUCCUAGCCCGAAUCCAGAACCAAAUAAUGACGGUCCUUCACCAAGCCCAGGAAGUGACGGUCCUUCACCAUAUGAUGACACUCCAACUCCAUCUCCUUCUCCAAGCAUUAGCCCAGAUAUCUCCCCCUCCCCAAACCCUAGCCCAGAUGAUUAUUCACCUACCCCAUCUCCAAGUAUUCUAAGCCCAACCAGUCCUUUAAUGCCGCCUCCAGGCCCCACGCCUAGGUGCAUCAUUAAGCAUGUAUGCAAAUGUGAGUGUGAUAAAAUAACUUACAGAGGAUAUUCAUGUCAUCGUAAUACACCAUGCUGGUGUAACUGUGUUAGCAAGCACACUGUCAACUCUGAACCAUUGAUUCCUAUCUCCAGUAUACACGAUUAAGUUGUCCGAGCAUUUUGUAUCAUUUCGAUUUGGGUGAUAUGCUAUGUAAAACCAUAAAAUUGGUUUAGUUUAGAAUAAGGUGAAGCAGGUUUUGUGCUUAAUUAGUCAGUUUUACAUUUUGAUGUAGUUGUCUUGUAUUUCACCAUUUUGAGAAUUAUUUUCAAUUCUCGUGUAAGUUGGCAAGAAGAAAUUAUGAUGAA